GCGGGAAUUUCCAUACUUACGUUGCCUCACGAUAAUCGAUAAUCGGUACCAGCAACAUGAACCGACCAGAUAAUCGUAGACGUGGACAGCAUACAAAGUCUGCUAAGGAACCAGUUUCCAAAAGAUAUAAACCAGAUGUCUUUCCACCAGAAGAUGAAGACUCUACAAUGUCAGGUUCUGUGGAUUUCGAUCGUGAGUCUAAUGAAAGUCUUUAUGGUCGUAAAGGUGAUGGUAAGACCGCAAAGAAAUCCACUACUACUACUGGCCAUAGUGGUCACAAACUUCACUCGGAUAUUGACUAUGAUGCCACAAAUGAUGGUGAAGAUGAUGAUGAUGACGGUGAUGUUGAUGAAUAUGAGUCGGAUGAAUUACGUGUCGUAUCAAGAACUCAAACAGUAAAAACCCGUCACGAACACGGCACUUCAAUUAGCAAGUCUACUGAUGCAUCAGUUGUGUGCACACCAAAAGAUGAAUUCGGAGCUAAAGAUAUGCGAAAUAUAUUGAAGUUGCGCUUAGACCAUCCUUAUCGUCCGUUGUGGAUUGGUCCGGAUGGGCACAUAUUUCUUGAAGCAUUUAGUCCACUAGCUCGUCAAGCUCAAGAUUUUUUAAUUGCUAUUUCCGAACCAGUAUGUCGACCACUACAUAUCCAUGAAUAUAAACUCACCUCUUAUUCAUUGUAUGCAGCUGUUUCAGUUGGUUUGCGUACAGGUGAAAUAAUUGGUUGUUUGCGUCGUUUAUGUAAAACUGAUCUACCAGAGGGCAUUGUUGCCUAUAUUCGUAGUUGUACCCUAUCAUAUGGUAAGGCCAAACUAGUUUUAAAAGGUGGCCGUUAUUUUGUUGAAAGUCCACAUCGUCAGUUUCUACAACAGCUAGCGAACGACAAAACUGUACAACAGUGUCUAGUUAAGACAACAGUUACUGAGGAAAGCGAUGAUCUGAAACAACCACAACAAGAAGUAGAAGUUGUAAAACUUUACAAUGCUGCAUCACUGGUGAUACAACACCAGCCACAAGAAGAUAAAGGUGUUAAAACUGAAAAAGAAAUUGCCAUUGAAGACAAAAUGAUACGCCUUUACGCUCGUAUAGAUGCAGAAGAAGAAGCUAGGGAGUCACAGGAAUCAGGUACUGGCACUGAUACAACUACUGCUGAUAAAUCAGACAAUAACUUUUUGGAACAACCUAGUGAUAACAUAAAUGUCAGUGCAAUUGGCAUUGAAUCAGAUGUUGGGGAUCGUGAAGGUGAAAUGAUAGAUAUAAAAAAUGACGGCAGUCGUGAUGAUGCCAAUAUUAAAUUUGUCUUGGACUCAACAGUCCCCAGUGAUUCCAAAGUACCAGUUGUUCUUGCCUUAGAAGUCAAUCAAGAUCAAAUUGAAAUACUUCAAAAAAGGUGUAUUGAAUUAGAAGUACCAUUACUGGCUGAAUAUGAUUUUCGUCUUGAUCGAGUGAACAAAGAUAUUUCAAUAGAUCUUAAAGCAAGCACAACACUCAGACCAUAUCAAGAAAAAAGUUUGCGUAAAAUGUUUGGUAACGGUCGUGCACGUUCUGGCGUUAUCGUAUUGCCUUGUGGCGCUGGAAAGACACUGGUGGGUGUUACAGCUGCCUGUACAAUAAGAAAGCCAACAUUUGUUCUAUGUACUAGUGGUGUUGCUGUUGAACAAUGGCGCUCACAAUUCAAAUUAUGGUCUACUAUUGAAGACAGUCAAAUACUUCGUUUCACUAGUGAUGCAAAAGAUCGUCCAAAUCAAAGUUCACAUAUAUGCAUUAGUACGUACAGUAUGAUUGCGCAUUCAGCAAAACGUUCCUAUGAAGCUGAUCGAAUGAUGACUUGGAUUAAAGGCCAAGAGUGGGGUCUUAUGAUUCUAGACGAAGUACACACAAUCCCAGCGAAAAUGUUUCGUCGAGUAUUAACUCUAGUACAAGCACACUGUAAACUAGGUUUGACAGCUACAUUGGUUCGUGAAGAUGAUAAGAUAACAGAUUUGAAUUUUUUAAUUGGACCUAAAUUAUAUGAAGCAAAUUGGUUGGAAUUACAACAACGUGGUUUUAUUGCACGUGUUCAAUGUGCAGAAGUAUGGUGUCCUGUUACACCAGAAUUUUAUCGAGAAUAUUUGAAUAUGAAAAGUAUGAAGAAGUUGCUGUUGGCUGUGAUGAAUCCGAAUAAAUUUCGUGCCUGUGAAUAUCUUAUCCGUUAUCAUGAAAGAAGAAACGAUAAGAUUAUUGUAUUCGCUGAUAAUGUAUUCGCUUUGAAAUAUUAUGCUACAAAAAUGGGACGACCAUUUCUAUACGGUCCAACUGGUCAAGCCGAACGUAUGCAAAUAUUACAGAAUUUUCAGCAUAAUCCCAAUGUGCCAGCAAUAUUUGUAUCUAAAGUUGCUGAUAACUCUUUUGACUUACCCGAAGCAACAGUACUCAUUCAAAUCAGUGCUCAUGGUGGUAGUCGUCGUCAAGAAGCUCAACGUUUGGGUCGUAUUCUGCGAGCGAAACGAGGAAUGGAUGCUGAAGCCUACAAUGCAUUCUUCUAUUCACUAGUAUCUCAGGAUACUAUGGAAAUGCAGUAUGCUUUGAAACGUCAACGUUUCUUAGUCAAUCAAGGAUAUGCGUAUAAGGUAAUAACAAGACUAGCUGGAAUGGAGAAUGAAUCCUUAAAGUUGAGUACAAAACAAGAACAAGCAGAGUUGUUGCAUCGUGUACUAGCUAGUACCGAUGAGGAUGCAAUGGAAGAGAAACUGCCAAGUGAUCCUGAUGGUUUGGGCUUUUUAAAUAGUCGUGUAGGACCAUCAAGUGUUAUUCGUAAACCAGGUAAAAUGUCCAGCUUAUCAGGAGCAGAUGAUGCUAUAUACGUGGAUACUAGUUCAUCAGCUGCUCGUAAAGAAAAACAAAAAGAAAGACAUCCACUAUUUCGUUUAUUUAGAAGUUGAUAAUUGUCCAUUUAUGCACAGAUAUUUUCACUUGUCUUUCAGAAGGACAGUAUCUGUCUUGGACAUUAUUUUGGGUACAUAUUGUACAUAUCUUUUUCAUGCUCUUGUGACUUUUAUGUUCAUCACUGUAAUUAUGAAAUGCUUUCUUCUUUUGCUUCUUUUAAAAUGACGAGAUUGUACACACAAUCGAAUUUAAUAAUAUAUUUUCAUGUGCCA